GGCGCACCACAGCGUCCCUCCUUCGUGUCGCGGCUUAGCCCCUGCGGCUCUCAUUGUCGGCGGCGGCUGGUUAUGGGCCCGACGAUCCAGCACCAUCCAUUUUCAGGGCUGGUUGAUUUGGCAGGUAUAGGUUGUGCAAGAAGCUUUCAGAUCAAACAACAGACCUGGAAGGCACUGAACCCGUGUGGUGAAAUCUACUGUGCAUCUUGGCAACAACGGCCCUGUGUGCCUUGGGCUGACAUCAUGUCUUUGUGGUCAUACAAAAGUAAGACCAGUGCAAAAUUUAGGGAAAUAAACAGUGGCGAGGGCCCCAGCCUUGCAUUGGGAAUGGUUCCUGCCUGUUUGUUUAAUACCUACUGUGACCCGAUGGUGCCAACUGGCAGAGGGCACAGUGGGGGUGCACAGGGUUUCAAGGAUUCCCUGGAUCAGGCAUAUGCAUAGUAAUUCACCAAAGGGUGGCAUGUGAGGUUUCCCCUGAAAGCUCACUGGUCAUAAUGAUGGUGAAAUGUAUGUAAGCAUAUUAUAUACCAAGUUAUAUAUUUAUACUGAAAUGUGUGUUCUUCAGGUGUGUAAGAUAAGACAGAUCACUAGAAGGUGAUAAGUUCUGCUCUGGCAGGGGAUAGUAGAUAUUUAUGUCCCUAAGUGGUCAUUGAAUAUUGCAUAUCUUACAAUACAAGUCUGUUUGCAUACGGAGCUACCAGCUAAUCAAGAUUUCAGAGUCUACAGGAAAUCACAAAGUCUACAAGAGGGAACACAGCAAAGUGUGUCCUGUUUAUGACUAAAAUCAAAGAAUUAGUCUGGUAUAUCAGGAGAAUGUAAGGAAACACAAGAUAUUAUUCACAGAGUAGACAAGCUGAGUGUGUGGCUUAUUUAAUUGAAAAGUGAUUACAGCCUACAGGCUGAAAAAUGCUGGUAAGCAAUACUAGAAGACAUGAAAGUAACUAGCUAAGUAAGUCAUCUAGGUUCUAGAAUGUGUGUUAUAAUAUUAUUUUACUUGUCACCAUUUCUUUCUUAUAUCUCUGCUUGUGAUCAUUGAAAUCUCUGCUCUUUAUUUCAUAAACUUUUACCUAUUGUCACUAUUAACAUACUUCUGUGCUGAAUGUUAAGCAGAGUGUGAUCUGAAGGGAAAUGGGUAAGCUGGUGUUGGUAGCAUCGGAUCUGUGAAUUCCGCAGGUGUCCAGUGGACCAGGGGCUGGUCGCUCCAGAGUGACACACAGUGUUAAAGUGUCUCUAUCACUAAACUGGAGAGAGAGCAGGGCCUGCGUAGGCCUAGAGGGGAGUGCCUCCGUUGCCCAUGGCCGGGGACUUUGUGGAGCUCAUUCUGAGCUGGCACAGACAAGGCUUCCUCAUGCUAAGCAAAGGUGGGAGCAAGGGACCUCACAACCUGGGCACCCUGGGAAGUGUCACGCCUACUGAUACCUGUUUAUUGCAAACACAAAGGUUUAAGAUAGAGUAAAGGCUGCAAGGAACUAUGUUACCUUCCGUAGCAUCUGCCACUGAGGCAUCUGGUCCCUUUUUAACUACAGACGUGAAAACAAAUUGGCAAAAAUGAAAAUCAAAAGCGCAGCAAAAUCAGUCAAUCCAGCUCUGACCACAGUUCGAUGGGACCAGGCUGGGAUUCUGGAAUCUGUAAGUGCUGUAACUACAGGUGCUGCCACUCCCCCAUCUUGGAGUGGUUUCCAUUGUACCCAGGGUUUACAGUUUGGUUCAAGCCUCUCAGUACCCCCACUAUAAACAUUGUUCCAGCCCCCCUGCUGAAAUUAAAAUGUUAUCUACAGUUGUUAGCGCUGGGACGUUUGCAGUCUGCCAGCACCGUGUGCUGAACAGUGUCAUUUAAUAUUCAUAAGUCCCAACUUGCCAGUUUCAGAACUGAGAUUUUCUAUCCCAGGGCACCUGCAGAACAUGCACGUACUAAGCAUGGAGUGGCAAGGGAACAGCAAUUCUACCUUUCAUGUACUAUCAGACCGUUCAGCUGCAUUAAUGUAUGGAGUCUGGGUAUCACAGGCGUCCUAGGGCUGUGCUGGCAACUUGCUGAGACUAGAUACCACUGUUUAGUCUAUGUGAACUUCCUGUGACUUCGGGCAAGUCAGUUCUUCUUCUCUCUGCCUCUGUUUCCCUCCCACCCAUUGUGUGCCUUGUCUGUUUAGAACGAAAGCUAUGAGGGCAAGGACUGUCUGUUACUGUGCAUGUCUGUACUUCACCUGGCAUAGAAAGGUUCCUGUUUCAGACUGGAUCAUUGGGUGCUAUCACAGUACAAAUAAUGGCUAAUAUAAACAGCACAAAUAUAGCCAUAUGUUAAUGAGCAUUACAUCAAUAAUUGCAUUUGGACAGUGACAUUAAAUGAAUAUAAAACAUUCACUAGAUGAAUUGUGUCUUAGCUGGAAGCAGUUAAAUUUUACUGUGAAAUACAGCACAGAAAAAAAUGGAAGAAUUCAAACAAACCUCCCAAGAUUUCUCCAGGGGUGAGAUUAUUAAAGGCACAAAUGAUACUCCCGUGGGUAGGUUUCCACUUUGCCAUGUUCUAAUGCCAUUUAAAGUCACCUCUGCCUCCCAGGAAUCAUUUACAGCAUGGACAAGGAAAGGCUUCAAGAUGAGCUGCGCAUUUUUAGAGACAGGAACUUCCUCCAGCAGAAACUGAGAUCCUCCCUCACAGUCUACGUGCUGCUGGCGCUUUCUUACCUGCUGAUCCUCAUCCUGUUUGCGGUGUCACUCUCCAGAGUUUCAGUGCUCUCUUCACAACUUACUAAAAUGCGCAAUGAGCUGAAACGGAAUCAUUCCAGCAACGAUUUCAAACUGUUCCCGUGCGGACCUGAGGCCCGGGAAUGGGAAUACUUCAGCGGGAAAUGUUACUACUUCUCCUUGCGUGAGACAUCUUGGCAGAGGGCGAAGGUGCUGUGCGAGGAGGUGCAUUCGCGCCUGGCCAUCAUUAACAGCCACGCCCAGCAGAAUUUUAUCAUGUACAGAACACGCAACCAGCGCUUCUGGAUUGGUCUCUCAGACGAGAACUCAGAAGGGGAGUGGAAAUGGAUCGAUGGGAGUGACUCCACAACCGGUUUCACGUACUGGAAGGAGGGGGAGCCCAACAACAGUGGCCAGAAUGAGGACUGUGCGCACGUCUGGACCUACGGGGAGUGGAACGACGUGCAUUGCACAUACGAGUGCUACUACAUCUGUGAAAAGCCUGCACCUCCUCUGUGAACAGAGACCGGACCAAAGCCACCUCCCAGCCACACUGCCUGGACCUGCAGGUCAAUGCAGAGAGCCAGCGCUGCCUCCUGGUGGUGACAGAGAUAUAAGCCAAGGUCCGGUACUUUGAGGCUGUAAAAAUCAUAUUAAUCUUUUUAUUCCCCACCACUUCUGUUCUUAAUUUAUAUUCCCUUUAUCUGUGUGUCCAUCUCCUGUCAGCUCCUCCUUGGGUCUCUCUCAGCCGUUGGGUCAGUGUCCUGGCGAGGACCCAGAAUGGACUUCCCAUGCUAAAAGUCUGCAUCUCCACAGGUUGAGCCUAGGGCUGAUCCAAAAAAAUGUUUUCAGACAAAGACAUUGUUGAAAAGUUGCCUUCUUGAAACUAAAUUUUAAAAAUUAGUUUUCAAAAUGGUCUGGGGUUUUCACUCCCCAUCUCCAUGCCACUAAAUGAAAAAGGGAGGGGGAAAGAGUGAAAAUAGAAAAAAUUUGAAACCAAAAAAUUUGGGUAAAAAAAUAUUUUUUUUGGAAAAAAAUGAAAACAAGUUGUGAAGUUUUCAAAAAUAACCAAAUUUUCAAAAUCCAUCCCACCCCCCCCACCUCCAAAUUGCAUCUGUUUUCAUUUUCCAAUCAACUCUGGCUGUAACAGACUCGCGUCCUCGAUGGGUUGGGCACCUCGGUGACAUCCGCAGACUUGUGGGUCACGUGUGGAUGCACUUGGAAAGUUACAGGAAAACAAUAUGCAGAGUCUGCGGAAAACCACAAGAGGCCGCAGUGGGAUCUGUGCCCUCCCUCUUUUUAGCAGGUGGCAUAAUGAGAGCACAGGGCAAAGUUUGAUGCAAUCGGGGAAAGUAGCCAGUUUAGGAUCGAUAAGAGCAAACACAGAUUUAUCCAGUGUGCGAUUCCCUGCCCUCGGGCACAGUCCCUAGGUACAGGAUGUGCCCGUUACUAGCAUUUAUAGCCAUCCCUGCAAGCUCUGAUUGUGAGAUUAGAGGAAUCGUCGUGGGGAUUAGGAAGAAAUUCUUUCCCUCUGUAGCGCUAGUUAUAUUGGCAGAGGGGAGGGUCUGUUUUUCGUCUGAAGCAAUGAGCAGCGGCCGCUAAUGGAAUAGAUGGACCCUUGGUAUGGGGGUGAUCCCAUACUAGCUCAGGCAGUGGCCCUCUCGGAUGUGAAUCCUCUAAUGCUCCUUUGUAAAUUCAGAGUUAAUGGCCGCAUCUGCAGCUCUGUUAGCUUCUGUGGAUUUGUUUACUCCACAACUCCAUAGGUGCUGGGACUAGGGGUGCUCCCAAACCCCCUUGCUUGCAGCGGUUUCCAUUAUAUGCAGGGUUUGCAGUUUGGUUCAAUGGCUCUAAGCACCCCACCAUACACAUUGUUCCAGCCCCUCUGCACAACUCUGAGGUCUCUUCCCCCACCCUACAAACCCUGGUGCUGUUUCCUCCAGGAAUUCUCUCUCUGUGGCAUGCAACUCUCAUAUUCCCUACACAGGGAAAGCUCUGGGGUCAGAUAAUUCUGGUGGCCGGAAAAGUCUCCAGCGAGGGAUAGUGACAGAUACAUCUCUCUGCAUCAGACAUGGUUUGGUUCAGCUGCAGCUGGUCUGGAAAAUAGUUCCCUGUGAAAAACUUCAUUUUUGUCAACAUGUGACUUUGAAAAAUAUGGGGGAAAUUAUUGAAACCACCCCCCCCACCCCAGUAAUUGUUUUUCAGCCAACAAAAACCAAACGUUUUCCAUUUAUAACCAAACAAUUUCACCUGCACAUCCCUCCCCCCAAAAAAUAUUGAAAAAGAUAUCUUGGAAGAUAAUGUCCAUUUUGUCAACUCUUGAUGGAAAAUUUACAACUAGCUGUAGUUAUAAUCUGUGUGCAGCAGAUGGUGCCCUUCAGCCCACAGCAGAGUGCUCUACAUGGAAAGUUGUACUCAGCAUAAAGAACAGCUUCCUUUGCUGUUUCCUGCGCUUUCUCUCCUUUCUUCAUUGUAUACUAGAAAAAGAAAUUGAACAGGCUGCAAAUUGCAGGCCUAACAGUAAAACUAUUUGGCUGGGGGGCUGUUGCUGCCCUGCCACCCCGAGCACUGUGGUGAUAAUAAAUAAUUAAUACUACCUA